AACCAUAGCCUCUCGCCGGCCAACGUCAGUGUUGCAGCUGUGCGCCUGCGUACGGUAGUCCCAUGUGUUGUGAAUACAUGCAUUGACAAGUUGAGUGCUAGCUAGCUAUUUUACAACGGGAGCUGUGGCUUCUACAGACAUACCAGGUGAAAUAUGGAGAGACUCGUGCAGGCUAGCCUACCUCCUGAUCAGGGACAUAUUCUGGGCAUAGUGUCUCAGAGUGAUAAGCAGGCGGAGAUGUUCACAAAUGGCUUUCUGAAGAACAGUUUACCCGGUAUGAGCAAGAAGAACAUCGGCGACUUCAUGCUUCGCAAGGCUGUGGUUCUAAAGUAUGCAAAAAAGAAAAAGGAGAAGAAAAAUAAAAAGCGAGCCAAGGGUCUCAAUGCUAAACAAAGGAGAGAGAUGAAGGUCUUUCAGCUGAAACCAGAGCAUCAAAAAUAUGAGCUUUUCUUGCCCUUGCAUGAGCUAUGGAAACAGUACAUCAGAGAUCUGUGCAACGGAUUGAAACCAGAGAGCAACCCACAGACAAUUCAGCAGAGGCUGUUGAAGGCUGAUUUUCAUGGUGCCAUUCUUACAGUGGCCAGGUCCAAAUGCCCCUCGUAUGUAGGCACCACAGGAAUCCUAGUGCAGGAGAUGAAGCAUGUCUUCAAAAUCAUCACAAAGGAGGACAGACUGAAAGUCAUACCCAAGCGAAACAGCGUGUUUGCCGUGGAGAUUGACGGCUUUGUCUCCCAUAUCUACGGCAGCAAGUUUGAACUCCGCUCAAGCGAGCGAUCCGCAAAGAAAUUUAAAGUCAAAGGAACCAUAGACCUGUGAUCCUGUUGAAGUGUAGUAAUGAGACUGAGCUCAGAGGCUCAAAGGACAGAGAAGUAAACAACUCCUGUCAGGAUCUACAAUAAGGACUAUCACCAUCUUCAAUUCUUAUUUUCAAGUCAUACGGGAAUCCUCAGCAUCUGUUUUGGAUGCAAGUCCUGUUCUAUAGCAUUUUGUACUGUGGCAAAGACAGAAGACCUUACAGACUCAAAGCAAUCAAAACAUAGUUGUGAUUAGAGAGCGUUUGUGUUGGUAUUUUCUUUUUUUGUAAACGUAUCCAUUGAUUGGUCAAUGAUUCAAUUAUUUUACAUAAUUGUAAAUGCAUUAUGAUCUGUUUUCAGUUGUUUUGAGCAACACUACCUAUGUCCACAAGGUGGCACUAGAUCAAUCUGCUUCAAUGUAUGUACAAUAAACAUAUCUCUAUACAUUUUUUGUCAAAUGACAGAUUACAUUUUCUUGAUCACCUAGUUUGAAGUAACACAAUGAGAUACAAUUAUACUAUGAUGUGGAAACUGAAAAUGUGGCUGUCUUGGUAUACAAUAUGCUUAAUUUCCUGAUAAUUUGGGAAUUUCCUAGUUGGUCAACUUUUUAUAAGGUACCUGUUGUAUAUUGUUGGUUUGGAUGUUGGUUUGUCAAUUGAAGUGACAUAGGUACUAGAAACAUUGCUGACCUGAAAUUUUCAUUUGGUAGUUGAGUUGCAUUGACAAGUAAGUCUCUCAUGGUUGGCUUUUGGAUAGCUCAUAUUUGUUUCUUUAUUAACCAUGAGUAUGAUUUUGUCAACUUUUUAUGCUAUUACAAUAAUGAAAACUGAGUAAUUGAAUGUAUUUUUUUAUUUUUAUCAAUUUAAUAAACAAAGCAUUUGCUGUCUGUUUUGUAAAA